CAUGGAAUAAUAAGGGUAAUAAAUUGCCCAACAUUAUUAACUAGGAUUUACAUUAUCUGUUCAUUUAGAUUGGUUAGCUACUGAAUGUUAAAAAAAGCUAUUUCAAUUAUUAAACCCUUUUGGUAAUUUCCAAUGUAAUUAUUUGACAUGGUUAAUAUUAUGAAUGAAUAAUUUAGUGUACAAC